UUAAUUCAUAUUUUUUCAACAUAGCUGUACUACUUUAUAUUCUACUUUCUAGAGCGUGCAUAAGUUACCUUUUCUCCACAUGCUCAGCAAUAUUUUGUGAUCCUUUGAUGGUAGCCAUUCUAAGUGAGAGGAGCUUAUAGCUCAUUGUUGGUCAAAGGAUUCAUAAUUACUUUGAGAUAGGAGGAAUACAUUUUAAUAGAUCUAUUAUAUGUCAAAGUGACUACAGUUAUUGUUGAUAUAGUCUUGAAAAUGCAAAGAAAGUGGGAAUUAGGUGCCCUCAGUACAAAAACUAACUGUGAGAUCAUGAGUUUGUUAACUAGCUAGAUUUAACAAUUCCACAAUGUAUAUAUACUUAAAAUGUUAUAUACAACAAAAAGCAUAUAAUGUUAGCUGUCAACUUUUAUAAAAUUAAAAACAAGUAUAUCCUUAAAGUGCCUAAAAAUAACAAGAAAAGGGGGGUGGCUUCUUCAUCAGAAGUUGGGGUGUGAGGAGCAGAGGAUGGCAGUGAAUACUGCGUGCAGCAGAGGCAGGAGCAAGGUCAGGUGUUGUGGCUCAAAUGUUCUUGAGGUUAGGACACCUGUUAAGCGUGGUAGUGAGGUAUGUGGAUGAGGGCCACAGCAAAAACCAGUUAAGAGGACGGAGAAGGUUAACAGUGGCUAAUGGAGAGAAGGGAGAUGAGUUCUCAAUCCAUCUGAAGUGGAUCAGUGGUCUAUUUUGUGGUUCCGGUUAUAAAUUCCACAUUUGGAGAAUUUUCCUCCAACUGAACUGGGAGUAGAGAAGACAGUUCUAGUACUUUUUCUCUGUUCAGAAUGAGGAUUUACUUCCAGGUGCUCCCAAUGUAAAGGGGCCCAUGCCCCUUGUUUUCAGUGGUUGGGCCCCAGAGGCGUCCUGGAGAAUCAGAGGAGAGGCAGUGACCACCUCUUCUGUGGCAGUGUUGUCUCUUUCAUUCAUCCCGUGAUUUCCACGAUGCCACGAAAGCCCAGCCCAGCCUCGAGUUUAGAAGUCCAAGGUCUUCCAUAACCUCUUCUUGGUUCCAUACCUUCCUGUCUCUAGGGUAGCUCCCUGUCAAAACGUCUGGAAGAAAAGCUGUUCUGAUGCUGUUUGUGUCCAGAGGCCCUUAGCUGUCCAUUGCCGUUCUCUCACCAACCAGCCAUUCCCAACUCGUCCACACUCAAUAUCUGACACUGGGUAGAUUCCGCAGUCCGGGAACGAGAAACAUCUCUCCCCCUUCCCUUGUGCCUUCUUCUGCUCCUGCUGGCCCCACGUUGAGUGGCAUCCGGACAGAAGCAAAAGCACUCCAAUGUGACUACUUGAGAACACAAGACACAUUGGAAAUCCAUUGUGCAAACAAGUGUAUGUUUGAUUUCUCUCCACUUCCUUUGAGUAUUAAGCUUCCUUUUGACGAGUGUUUGAUUUCUGGUAAUAAAUAUGGCUUCACUGGUUUAUUGUGAGGAUUAAAUGUGAGAGGUAAUGUCUGCAAAGCACUCAACAAUGCCCAUUGUAUUCAGUGCAUAUUGCUAUUGUGUAUAGAGAAGCAUUUGCAUGAAGGUGGGACUGCUGGAAGGGUUAUACUGAGUGUAGGUAGGGCAAAGGGCCCCCUUCUUUCCACCAUCCUUUGUGGUAAGUCACUUAUCUCACCCACACUCAACAAACCUUGUGUGUGCCUGGGAGAUAAACUCCAAUCGCACCUCAGCACCAAUCAUGGAGAGCCACGUGGGUAGAAAUUGCAAUAAAAAGCCAGCCCACGCAGGUUGCCUUCCCAUGGCUGGCCAAAGGAGGAAAACUGCCUUGUUCUCAAAGGUGUAUGGAGAGUCUGCACGCUGCAGAGUGACCUGCACGAUGCACCCGAGGGGAAAGAUGGCGGGCUCUGACCUCCUGUGGUUGGCCUUGGCUUCCUGCACCCUGACCCUGGCCUGUGCAUUGCAGCAAGGUAACAGAAGCCCUCGAGACGUCCAUUCCCAAGUGCAGUACUUGUCAUGUGGAGACCCUGGCACCUCAGAGGCUGAUGCCUGUUUUGACCCCUGCGAGAAUUACCAAGAAAUAAAUGACACGACCCGAAGCACGGAGCACGAAGGAGGAACCCAAAGAAACCAGGCAUGUGACAAUGACUUGAUUGGCUGGUACCGCUUUGUCGGAGGCGGAGGAGUGCAGAUGCCAAUCAGUUGUGUGCCUAUGUUCCAUUGCCAAGCAGACGCCCCCGUGUGGAUGUCCGGGGACCAUCCCAAUGUCGAGGAUGGCAUUGUCAAUCGCACUGCCUGUGCCCACUGGGCUGAGAACUGCUGUUUCUGGGAGUUGGUGGUGCAGGUGAAGGCCUGCCCGGGUGGGUACUACGUGUACCAGCUGGAGGGCACCCCCACCUGCAACCUGAGAUACUGCUCAGGCCAGUGCCAGGAAACCUGCCGCCCUGAAGAGGAAUGCCGGUACCAGAAUGGUGCCUGGGGCUGCUUCUGCACACGGAACCUCAGUGACUCUGAUAUCGAGAAUCUGAAGCCUGAACUGGAGUGUGGGACCACUGAGAUCACAUUGAGUACUAACAAGUCUUUGCUGGAAGGUCUGUGUUUGGGGGAAGAUGUCACUGGCUACCUUCUAGACCGGGGCUGCAGCAGCAUUCAGCGAAAAGAGGAUAGUGACUGGAUAAAUGUGACUGUUCCUCUCCAGGAUAGUGACUGUGGGUUCAUUGUGGAGGGAAACGAGACCCAUGUCAUCUACAAAAACACUCUCUCCUUUGUCAACAAUUUAAUCAGCAGUGGCACCACCCUCAACAUCAACUUCCAGUGUACCUACUCAAUUCACAUCAAUGCCAGCCUCCCGAUUGCUCUGGAGCCCAUUGAAAGUCAGACUAACAGCCAGCAAGGAACAGAAGGAGAGAGAUCUUCCAUCUACUGGUUCACUCCCCAGAUGGAUGCAAUAGCCAGGGCUGGGCCAGGCCGAAGCCAGGAGCCAGGAGCUUCAUCUGCAUCUCCCAUAUGGGUGACAGGGGCCCAAGUACUUGGGCCGUCGUCUUCUGCUUUCGCCAUCCCAGCAGGAGUGAGCUGGAAAGGAAGUGGAGCAGCCGGGACACAAACAGGCAGCCCUAUGGGAAACAGGCCUCCCAGUUCCACGACCAUUAAUGUGGAAGGGGAAGGAGUGACUGGGACAGAAAAAUUCAGUGCCACCAUGACCCUCUUCAAAGAUGGGACCUACACGGACCCCUAUGAGGAAGAUGUGGUUGAGCUGCCGGUCCACUCCAUGCUCUACGUGAGCGUCAAGUUGGUGGAAAGAGCCACUCCUUGCCUGCGGUUGCGGAACUGCUAUGGCACCUCAACUCCAGACAGAGAUGAUCCUCUGAAGUAUUUCUUCAUCGAAAACGGCUGCGUUAGUGACCACGAGGAGCAUACCGUAAUACUGCAGAAUGGGGUGUGCUCAGAAGCCCGGUUCUUCCUUCAGUUGUUCACACUCCGUACACCCCAACUUUUCCUGCAUUGUGAGACUGAACUCUGUGAUGGACCAUGUGAGCCAGAUUGCCCACCUAGGCAAUAUCGCAGUGAAAAACCAGACAUCGGCUCAACCCAAGCGGAACAUUUGGGACCCAGCACUCUGCGAGGAGCCCAGGCUCUCCCUGUCGUGAGCGGAACUCCCAGCACUGCAGGAUUCCUGGUGGCCUGGCCUGUGGUCCUCCUGCCUGUCGUCCUGGCUUGGCUGUUCUGAGAGCUCAGCUGGGCAUGUGGCCUUGAAGUUCACGUUCUUCCCCCUGGCAGUGGCUUUGCCUCAUCCUUCAGCACUUCUGUCUCGUUUUCCAAAUCGUGCAAAUAGUCUUAGAAUGAGCAGAUUCCAACCCUAGCUAGGUCUGGGGAAAGAGAAGAGUGUUCACCUUUAACACCCUUACCACCUUUGUGCUGCUCUUUCUUGUCCUGGUGGUGGUGGUAGUGGGUGGGGGGGCAUCUGCCUGUCCUGGCCUGGCCUUCUUGUUCAUGACUGUGACCUUGAAAGCAGGCUCGCUAGGCACCCCUGUGGCUGCAGCCUUUUGGAACCCCAGGGAAGAGAGAGAUGUCCUCUCGUUGGAGGGGGCGGGUGAGCGCAUGAAAGGGGUGCCUCCCUCCACUGCUUCUCAAGCACCUGCUGUCCUGAUUGCUGAUCAAUUAAACAGAUUGACCCUUGUGUGCA